AUGAAUAUCGACGGAUUAAAAUAUACUGAGCUUCAGCAAGAAUUAAAAAAGCGUGGUCUUGGGGCUCGCGGAACGAAACCAGAAUUAAUUGCCAGAUUGAAAAACGCCAUUGAAAAAGAGCAGAGUAAUGUUGCCUCAGCAAAUACUGGGGAAAUAAAUAUGAGCGAUGCAAAUAAUUCAUCUGGUUCAAGUGUUUUGACAAAUACAGUUCAAAUAAAUGCAACGGCGAAUGAAAAUUUGUCUGAACAAAAUCACAACAAACUACCAACAAUAACACAGGAAGAAAAAGUUGAGCCCCAAAUAAUAGUCAAAGAAGAAUCACCACAACACCACGAAUCACCACAGCAACCAAGCGACGAUGUAAAAUCGCCUCUUUUGAUUAAUGAAAACAAGAUUUCAACCGAAGUAACAACAAACAGUGUAAAACCAGCUAUUCCUGAGGAAACUGUCGCAACAAACAGUACAACAUCUGAGAAACCUCAAACUGGUGGUUCUGGGAAAAGACGUGAACGUGAUGAUGAUUUGAGUGACCACGAUUAUAAUGAACCAGCGAAUGACAAAAGUGACACCGAUAGUGUAAUUUUGUACAGAGAUCAUGAGACAAAUGCGGUUCGAGCUCAAUUACUGCGUCAUCCCAUAACGUGUCAAAUGUGCAAAAUUACUCGUCACACCAUUACCGGUAUCCGUCGACAUUUUCUUGGAAAAAAACAUCGCUAUCAUGCAAAAAAAGCUAUUACGAAUAAUUCAUUUCAACCAUCAGUCCUUGAUCAAUUAUUACAUCUAUCAAAAUAUGAUGGAAUUCCAUAUCAAAGCGAUGAAUUUCAUUUUCUCUAUAAACACUUACCUUCAGUGGAAAAAGAACAAAUGCUUGAUUCUUGUAAGAAUGUCAAGGUAGAAGAAAUGGAAGUUACUCUAGUUUAUAGUGGUAAACGCUAUUCAAAAUGUGGUAAUAUCAGUGAUAUUGGUACAUUAAGAGUGGAUUUAUGUGAGCAAGUUCUAAAUAGCCCUGACCAACAAGAUAAAUUGCAAACAUUGUCACAAGAUUUUUAUUGGAAGAAAAUUACAAGGGAUAGCCCUAAAAAACACCGUUUUUCGCAACAGUCAUCGUCUGAAGAUGACGCAGCUAUUACAGAUAAAGAUGGAGAUGCGAUGACAGAGGACGAAAAUGACCAAGACCAACCACAGCAUAAUCCGCCUAUAAUUCAACAAUAUAAUGGAAAGCCAUGGUUAGUUGCUAAUAAACUUUAUGAUGAAGAAAAUAAAACUAUUGAUGAAAUUGUGCAACACACCGUUGAUUACUGUAUAUAUCAAUUGAUUAGUUCAACGGGUAAUGGUGAACGUUUUCGAAUGAAAUUAUUUUUUCAGCGGCAAUCUGAGAUACAUCUAAGUCGUGCAAAUGAAUAUUAUUGUGAUUUAUGUAACGUUAUUUUACAAAACGAAAACAUACUAUAUCAGCAUUUGGAUGAUCCCGUGCAUAUCCGAAAAUGGACAAACGACAAUCAGUUGCCAUGGAGAAAAGCAAAAGCACAUUCGUUGGUUACAGGAAUUUCGUUAGAAAAUGUAUUUGGCUCUGAAAACUAUCAACUAUUUAUUAAUACAUUAGGUUUAUAUGUCGCCGCAAGGCAAACGCGAGGACGUGGACGUUUUGUUUGUGGGUUAUGUGAAGAAUUUUUCAAAGAUGAAUAUCAAUUAGAAAAACAUUUAUAUACCAAAAAGCAUAAAUGUUUAUCCACACCAGAAAAUUUACAAAAUCAUCGAAAAAUAGUCUUGAAUUUAACUAAUCGUUUGUGUCUGCCUCGUAUGUUUCGUCGAGCUGGCAUAACAUCUGUUCAAGAAGUCCCCGCCAAUAUUGUUCGAAGAUUUCGUUUUGCACCUUAUACAAUACAACAAUUAGAGACAGAUGUUCAUUUUGAAUUAGAGCGUAUUAGAAAUUUUGAACAACAACAACUACCUUCAUUAAUGUCAACAAAACGUCAACGUUCCUAUGAGACAAUAUCUAAUAAGAAUACAAACAAUCGUAACAACGAUAAUAUUCAAUCAUUACUAAAUAUUGACACGUCGAAAAGAUUUUGUACAAAUUCUGCUAUUCCAUCAUUAAUGUCAUUAUCAUCGCAGCCACAGCCUUUCUUUUCAUCUCAACAACAACAACCAAUUAGAGCGCCAGCAUUUCAAGGAAAUUUUCGACAACAACAGCCAAGACCUUUAAUACCUCCGUCACUAAUGAGUAGUAAUCCUGUUCGCUUUGUUUCUCAUACGAUGUCACAGCAACAACAGCAUCGUCCAAUUCCUUCUUUAAUUGGCAACCAAGUAAUGAAUGGAACAGCAAAACUUCCACAACAACCACCUCCUAUUAGACCAUUAUUGUCAACUGGUUAUGGUUUCGUUAGUAAUAAUUCUCAACAACAUCGAACAACAAUGCCACCUUCACUGAUGGCAGUUUCGAAUUCUGGCACAAUGAAUCAGAAUGCAUUUUCUUUUCCGCAACAACCAGCUUCUCGGUAUAAUGUUCAACCUCUUCUUUCUGGACAAAAUUUACCCCAACCAUUAUUCAAUCAAUCAUCAAAACCGCUUCCUUCAUUAUUAAAUAAUAAUUUAUUAUCGACAGUGAAUCAGUUUCCUAAUGUAAAUUUACAACCGCGUAGUUUAAUGCAAGAUUUUCAUGUUCGCCCAAUUUCUCAGCAGCCCGCACCUCAUCUUUAUUCUCAACAUCAACAACCUUAUAGACAUCAUCUAAAUAGCGGUUAUAUACGCUAUCGAUGA